AUGUUGAGCUGGGUCCAGAGGGUGCUGCCUCAGCCCCCAGGGACCCCUCAGAAGACCAAGUUGGAGGAAGAGGAGGGGGCAGAACCAGAGCCAGAGGUGGAGCCGGAACCAGGGCCAGAACCUGAAACAGCCCCGGCGGAGGCUGAGCAAGGGGCUGAAUCCUCGCCACCUGAGGAGCCUUUGGGGGUAGAGGAAUUGGCUGUAGCUGACCCAGGCCCUGAGGACAUCCAGGAGGCUGCCCCUACUUCGCCUACAUCCCUCCAGGCCCAGGUCACUGUGGUUCCUGAAGUGAACAGCAGUUCCAGCAGCUCUGUGCUGAGCUGGCUCAAGAAGGGCAUGGAGAAGGUUGUCCCACAGCCGGUCCCCAGUGGUGGGCCCGUCCAGAGCGUUGCUGCUGGCCCAGAGGGUCCUAGUCAGGCAGGAGCACAGACAUCCGGGCAGUGCAACACUGGGGGCUCAGAUGGACUCAUGGAGGCCCCUGGGGCCCAGGACACCAGGUCUGGACACUGGCUGCUCAGGUGGCUUGAGCAGAAUCUGGAGAAAGUGCUGCCUCAGCCCCCCAAAACCUCCAAGGACUGGAGAGAUGAGCCUGACGAUGCUGCCUUGGAUUCUUGCUCUCCCCACUGCGUGGAGAACCCAGAACCGACCUUGGAAACUGAGCCCAUGCUGCAGGCCCCAGAGAGCCCCUGCAUGCCCACGGCGGGCCCCCCGGAGCCCAAGGAGGAGCUGACCUCAGAGCCCCAGCCCAGCUCCCAGGCUUCCUCCCUGCUGUCCCCCAGCGACCCUGCCAGGUUGAUGGCUUGGCUCCUGCUCAGGCUGGAGAGGGCCUUGCCGCAGCCCACGCUCCACGGGAAGGCUGGGGAGCAGGAGCCUGAUGCCCCUGGGACAUGUGACAUGCAGCCAAUCUGCAUUCUCCCUGGAGGCCAAGAGGAGCCCGAUCUCCUCCUAGAAGAGGUUGACCCUCACUGGGAGGAGCACGAAUGUCAGGACGGCGGCACUGACCUGCAGGGCUCAGAGGUGGUUCCAGUUGAUGAAGAGGAGAACGAAGCCGUGGAGGAGAUGCCCAGGGAGCUGCCCCAGAUUCAAGAGGAAAGAGAAGAUGAGGAGGAGGAUGGAGAGGAAGAGGAAGAAGAGGAGGAGGAGCUGGAUGUCCUGCUGGAUAGCUGUCUGGAGGCGCAGGCUGGUGAGGAUCCAAGUGGAGUAGACGGGACCCAGCCCCAGAAGGCCUCGCAGCAGGAGCUGCCAAAGGAAGAGGCCGUGACUGUCAGUCCAGAAGUGCCGGCUACAAAGGAGCUCCCAGAAGUGCAGGUGGAAGAUGCUGACGCGGCCCACCAUCCCCUCAUCGUGGAGAACCCACCCACACCUGAGCUGCCACCACCUUCUCCUGCCAAAUCCGACACCCUCGCGGUCCCGGGAUCUGCCGCAGGGUCCGAAAGGAAGAGGCUGCCCUCCCAAGAUGAUGACGUUGAAGAGCUCAAGGCACUGUCACCAGCUGAAUCACCCAUGGUUGCCUGGUUGGACCCGUCCAGCCCACAGGGCACUGAUGGCCAGGAUCGUGCAGCCUCGGUGGCCAGCCGGAACAGCGCCAUCAUCAACGACCGGCUGCAGGAGCUGGUGAAGCUUUUCAAGGAGCGGACAGAGAAGGUGAAGGAGAAGCUCAUCGACCCUGACGUCACCUCCGAUGAGGAGAGCCCGAAGCCCUCCCCAGCCAAGAAAGCCCCGGAACCGGCCCCGGAAGAGAAUGCGGCUGAGGCCGGGCAGAGCGAGGAGGAGCACUAUUGCGACAUGCUCUGCUGCAAGUUCAAGCGCCGCCCCUGGAAGUCCUACCGGUUUCCGCAGAGCAUCGACCCUCUGACCAACCUGAUGUACAUCCUGUGGCUGUUCUUCGUGGUGCUGGCCUGGAACUGGAACUGCUGGCUGAUUCCCGUGCGCUGGGCCUUCCCCUACCAGACGCCGGACAACGUCCACCUGUGGUUGCUGAUGGACUAUGUGUGCGACCUCGUCUACCUCCUGGACAUCAUUGUGUUCCAGAUGCGCCUGCAGUUUGUCAGAGGGGGAGACAUCAUUACCGACAAGAAGGAGAUGCGCAAUAACUACCUGAAAUCUCGCCGCUUUAAGAUGGACAUGCUCUGCCUCCUGCCCUUGGACUUGCUCUACCUGAAGUUUGGUGUGAAUCCCCUCCUGCGCUUGCCCCGCUGUUUGAAGUACAUGGCCUUCUUCGAGUUUAACAGCCGCCUGGAAGCCAUCCUCAGCAAAGCCUAUGUUUACAGGGUGAUCAGGACCACGGCUUACCUGCUCUAUAGCCUGCACGUGAACUCUUGUCUGUACUACUGGGCAUCAGCCUAUCAGGGCAUUGGCUCCACUCACUGGGUUUACGACGGCGUGGGAAACGGUUACAUUCGCUGUUACUACUGGGCUGUGAAGACGCUCAUCACCAUUGGUGGGCUGCCUGACCCCAGAACGCUCUUUGAAAUCGUCUUCCAGGGCCUGAACUACUUCACGGGUGUCUUCGCUUUCUCUGUGAUGAUCGGACAGAUGAGAGACGUGGUGGGGGCCGCCACCGCCGGGCAGACCUACUACCGCAGCUGCAUGGACAGCACUGUGAAGUACAUGAACUUCUACAAGAUCCCCAGGUCCGUGCAGAACCGGGUCAAGACCUGGUACGAGUACACCUGGCAGUCCCAAGGCAUGCUGGACGAGUCAGAACUGAUGGUGCAGCUUCCAGACAAGAUGCGUUUGGACCUUGCCAUCGACGUGAACUAUAACAUCGUCAGCAAAGUGGCUCUCUUCCAGGGCUGUGACCGACAGCUGAUCUUUGACAUGCUGAAGAGGCUCCGUUCUGUCGUCUACCUGCCCAACGACUACGUGUGCAAGAAGGGGGAGAUUGGUCGAGAGAUGUACAUCAUCCAGGCGGGACAGGUGCAGGUCCUGGGUGGCCCCGAUGGGAAGGCCGUGCUGGUGACACUGAAGGCUGGAUCCGUGUUUGGAGAAAUAAGCUUGCUGGCUGUUGGGGGCGGGAAUCGGCGCACGGCCAAUGUGGUCGCCCACGGGUUUACCAACCUCUUCAUUCUGGACAAGAAGGACCUGAAUGAAAUUUUGGUGCAUUAUCCUGAGUCUCAGAAGUUACUCCGGAAGAAAGCCAGGCGCAUGCUGAGAAACAACAACAAGCCCAAGGAGCCCAAGAGCGUGCUCAUCCUGCCACCCCGGGCAGGCACCCCCAAGCUCUUCAACACCGCCCUCGCCGUAGCGGGAAAGAUGGGCGGCAAGGGGGCCAAAGGCGGCAAGCUUGCCCACCUGAGGGCCCGGCUCAAAGAGCUGGCUGCGUUGGAGGCCGCGGCGAGGCAGCAACAGCUGCUGGAACAGGCCAAGAGCUCGCAAGACUCUGCGGGAGAGGCGGGCCCGGCCGCCCCGGAACAGCCAGCACCGCCGCAGCCGGAGCCCCCGGAGCAACCAGAGCCCCCAGCCCCACGCUCUCCGCCACCCGCCUCCCGUGGGAGGCCCGAGGAAGGCGGGGAGGCGGAGGCCGCGCCCUCAGAGCCCUCCGUGCGGAUCCGCGUGAGCCCGGGCCCGGAUCCCGAUGAGCAGACCCUGUCGGUGGAGAUCCCGGAGGAGAAGAAGGAGGGCGAGUGA